CAGCUGGUUUGCGUCCGAUUAACUUGAUUUGACCUAUCACCAUGUAUCCCUUUUUAGUGCUUGUUCUGGUCACCACAGCUUUUGGGCACAUGGAAAUGACCACGCCAUACGCCCUUCGCAGCAAGUUCGAUCCUGCAAACAAAAACGGACUUAUCGACUAUUCGAACACAAGCCCUCUCUUAGCUAGUGGCGAAAAUUUCCCCUGCAAGGGGUACCAUUUGAAUGGUCCCUGGAGGAGCGUUGCUACUUAUUCCGCUGGCCAGAGUUACACGUUGGAACUCACGGGCACUGCCACGCAUGGCGGUGGUUCCUGUCAGAUAUCCCUGAGCGUUGACAACGGAAAGUCGUUCAAAGUCAUCAAAUCCAUGAUGGGCGGUUGCCCGCUGACUAAACGCUACGACUUCCGAAUUCCAUCUAGUACUCCAAGUGGGAAAGCUCUUAUUUCCUGGUCUUGGUUCAAUCUUAUCGGAAACCGUGAGAUGUAUAUGAACUGCGCUCAAGUCGAAAUUUCCAACGGAAGCACUAACACGCUCCUGUUCGAUACCCUCCCCGAUAUGUAUGUCGCCAACGUAAAUAGGGGUUGCUCCACAGUCGAAGGAAGAGAGACAGUUUUCAACAACCCUGGGGUUGAUGUUGUGUAUGGUGGGAAAGUGACGCCUGGCAGUCCGCCGUUUCCGAACUGCUAGGCAAUAUCUCGGUGUAUAUCAAAUUCUCAGUCCUUUCGGUUGACCAUUGCCCGGCAGCGUCGAUUGAUGGCGUCUUUUCGACUGGUACAUCCUUGGUUUAUCACUAUGUGAAAUAGCAGAUUCUUUUGCUCUAACCCUUGUCCAUGCGGACCCCAUGUUGUUGACAAUGGGUUACUUUACCUUUGCUUUUUGUAUUUAAGAUUCUUGCCUUGGAACUCCCCUCAUGUCUUGGUUGAUAGGGAAGGGCUGAGGUUGUUUUAGCUGCCCUGGCUUGAAUAUAGACA